AACUUUAUCAAUGCAGUGCAUCAGGAUAAAAGCACUGCAUUAGUUAUCAGUUGCAAUUAUGGGACCGAUUGCCACAUACGUAUUUCUGGAUCUUGGGACUACCGGUAGAAAUCCUAAGGAAGACGAAAUAACGGAAUUGUGCAUGGUAGCGGUUAAGCGGCAGCAUCUUCUUGAUACUCCGCGAUCCCGGAUAACACCCAGGGUUCAACACAAGCUUUUAUUGUGCUUCAAGGUAGAUAAGGAGAUAACUUACGUGGCGCGUUCCGAUGGCAACGGUGGCUUUACCAACGAAGACCUGGAACAUGAAAGCCACUUCGACAGGACUGGUUUUGAUAUAAUCGAUAAUUUCCUCAAAAAUUUGGAGAAACCUGUCUGCCUAGUCGCGCAUUUCGCAAGGAUUUUCGACUACCCUCUAUUAAAGAGAUAUUUAACCUCGCUUAAUGUGAGAUUUUCUAAUGAUGACCUCUGGGGCGCUGACACUCACCUGGCUUUCUAUGACAUUUUACAACCCGAACAAGCCGCUAGGGCGGUUGAGCUUAGACCGUCAGCGAACGAUGCAGGACCGUUAGUGAACGACGCUGCUCCGUCAGUGGACGAUGGCAGCUUAUCUGCUGAAAAUACACUAGACAUGAGAUCAUUGAACGAAACCACUCCACGUAAAAGGCGACGCAUCGAACAACCAAAUACAAACCGGAUCCGUGCUAUAGACCGGCGUUAUCCGUGGGGUGGUAGUGAAAACUUGCCUACCGAACGAUAUGGACUGGGGGAAGUGUACCGGCGGGUGUUCAACAGGGAGCCCGCUGACGAGCAUAAAGCAGAGGUGGACUGCAUCCUGAUGCUGGAGAUUGCUGUGGAUCUAGGUCAAAGGUUCGUGGACUGGCUAGACGAUGAAAUCAAUCUUCUUCGCUUUCCUGAUGACAUAAAUCUGGACUAGGUUAUGACUAA